UCAUUUGCGUCUAUAAGUAGUCCCAUUAAGCCGUGACAACAACAGUGUAAAACCUUCCUCAAGAUGGCGACGGAAACAUCAGUGAGAUCGACAACUACAGCCAAAGAAGCCGAUGAAAUACUAGAAGAUGAAGCAUUAGCAGAAGAGAAAUUACUAGAGGAUUUGGAGAGGGAAGAGCUACCAAGUCAUAUACGAGAAGCAAGGUUAUCGGAAUUAAAGGACCAAAUGCAACAGUUCCAGAACCUCAAAGAGAAAGACUAUGGAAAGUAUAGCGAAAUUUUAAAAGAGAAAGACAUCCUUGAAGUAACGACCAAUGAAAGGCAUGUGAUACUUCACUUCUACCAUCAAGACUUCCGUCGAUGUGCAAUUGUCGAUAAACAUCUUCAAUCGUUAUCUCAAAAGCAUUUCCAGACAAAAUUUUGCAAAGUGGAUGCGGAAAAAGCUUUGUUCUUUGUGAAGAAACUUAAGGUGCAAGUGCUGCCUACAGUAAUCUGCUUCAGAGAUGGAAUUGUCAUUGACAGGUUAAUUGGUUUUGAGGAGUUAGGAAACACAGAUAGCUUCUCAACAGAACAAUUUGAAAGAAGAUUAGCAAAAUCAGGUGUUAUUCAACUUGGAGAUGUACAACCAGAAGAAAAUAAGAGUAUCUUUGGAUUUGCAAGGAGAUCAAAAACAGAGGAUAGCAGUGAUGAAGAAGAUUACUGAUGAAUCGAUGGGUUCAAGAUGUAAUCAUGGCUACAAGUUAUAACCAUAGCUACAAGGUGGUACCAUAGCUACAAUGUGGGACCAUAGCUACAAAAUGAGACCAAUAUCCUAUGAUGGGACCAUAGCGAGAAGAUGGCAAAAUGAUAUUACUGUAUCAGGAAAUAGAUGAGAAUAUAGCUACAUCAUGAUGGCUGCACCCACCCCCUUUACUGAGUGCAGUUUCCGUCAAGUGAACACCGAGUUUAUUAUUAAAGGCUCCAACAAUUGAACUUAACUCCAGUGAGUGGACAUAUCCUGACCUCGGCAAGAUUUUCCCAAUAUGUAUUUAUUAAGUACGACAAAAAAUACCAUAAUUUAUUCCAAAAUUUAACGUGAAUACAGGAGACAAUAAAAAAUUUUUAACAGGAUUGACAUAAUUUUAAUAUUUGUUCUAUUAAGUUAAUAUAUUAAGUUGAUAUUUUGUAACUAAUGUUACAGUAGUGACAUUUUCCCCUACAUGAUUUGUUAUUGUACUGAAUACUCAGUACAUAGCCAAAUACUUGCAGAAAAAAAAUUCCAAGAGAUUUGGGUGGGAAUCGAACCCACGACCUCCAGAUAACUACAGUAGCCUGGUGUAAAAACCACUAGACCACCGAGUUUGCGCUUAGUGACUAGUGUUGAAAGUGUUGAUCCCAAAAUUAGCAGUGGGUACUGUAAUGCUAUGUUGAAAUAACUAAUUAUUUUAUUAUACCCACUUCUAAUUAGUCAAUACUUUACAGCUUUUAUACUUUUUUUUAUUACAACUAUGAAAUACAAAUAUUUUGAUUUUUCCAUGUUUGGAGUAUAGGAUCUUAAGCCCUGUCCAGAACUAUCAAAUUUCAUUUGACAAAAACAUAUGGCAUGCCUAAAUAUGGUCAAAUUAUGACCAUAUAUAGGGACAUCAUAACUAUAUAUGGGCAUACAACAGUUGUUUGUCAAAGAAAUUUGAUAAUUUGAACAGAACUUCAUACUUUGAAAAGUUGCUGUUCUCUGAUGUAUCAAAGUGCAAUGUUUGAUGUGUUUGGCUUGUGCCGUGAGUAGAUAAAUAAACUUCUGUAUUAAUAAUUACAAAUAA